CUCAUAACCUCCUCACUCUCUCUCUCUCUCUCUCUCCUCCCCCACGAACCCGCCAUUUGAUGGCUCUAUGAAGCUUCUGCACCACCGCUUCUGGGUUUUCCACUUCUUCACAGAUCAGCCAUGGCCGGCCCUAACCUCAUAACCUCUCUCCUCCUCCUCCUCUCCCUCAUCUCAGUGGCCUUCACCGCCACAGACCCAAAUGACCUGGCCAUUCUCAACCAGUUCCGAAAAAACAUGGAGAAUUCCGACCUCCUCAACUGGCCUGAAACCGGCGACGACCCCUGUGGCCCUCCAAAGUGGGACCACGUCUUCUGCUCCGGCGACAGGGUCUCCCAGAUUCAGGUCCAAAACCUAGGCCUGAAGGGUCCUCUCCCCCAAAACCUCAACCAGCUCUCUGAGCUCUUCAACAUCGGCCUCCAACGCAACCAGUUCUCCGGUCCCUUGCCCACCCUCAAAGGCUUGUCCAAACUCAAGUACGCUUUUCUUGAUUACAACAACUUCACUUCAAUCCCCGGCGACUUCUUCGUCGGCCUUGACGCCCUGGAGGUUCUGGCAUUGGACGGCCUUGAGUUGAAUGCCUCUACUGGCUGGACAUUGCCGAUAGAUUUAUCCAAUUCGGUGCAGCUGCAGAAUCUGACGUGUCUGAGCUGCAAUUUGGUGGGGCCCUUGCCCGAGUUUCUCGGGAAUUUGACUUCCCUGACGGUGCUGGAGCUUUCCGGGAAUGGAUUGAGUGGGGAGAUUCCGGCGAGUUUUAAGGGGCUGAACUUGCAGAGCUUGAGGUUGAACAACCCGAAAGGCGCCGGGUUGAGCGGCGGUAUUGAUGUGAUCGCUACAAUGGUGCAGCUCAACUCGGCGUGGCUUCAUGGGAAUCAGUUCACAGGUAGUAUUCCGGAGAGUAUUGGUGAUUUGGUUUCUUUGAAGGAUCUUAAUUUGAAUGGGAAUAAACUUAGUGGUGUGAUUCCUGAUGGUUUGGCUAAUUUGGAACUUGAUACAUUGAAUUUGAAUAAUAACCAUUUUAUGGGUCCUAUACCAACGUUUAAAGCAAAGAAUGUGAGUUAUGAGUCUAAUGCAUUUUGCCAAGACACUCCGGGGGUGCCUUGUGCGCCGGAGGUCAUGGCGCUUAUUGAGUUUCUUGGGGGGUUGGAUUACCCUACAACGCUUGCUGAUGAUUGGUCUGGUAAUGAUCCUUGCAAAGGGUCAUGGUUGGGAGUGAGUUGUAGCAACAAUGGGAAGGUGUCUGUUAUAAAUCUACCCAACUUUAAGCUCAAUGGUACAUUGAGUCCUUCAGUUGCCAAGUUAGAUUCUCUUACUCAGAUUAAGCUUCAGGGUAACAAUUUGAAGGGUCCAAUUCCUGCAAACUGGACUAGCUUGAAAGCCCUGACGGUGCUGGAUCUAACUGGGAAUGAUAUUACCCCUCCAUUGCCGAAAUUUGUCAACACGGUUAAAGUGGUCAUUGAUGGGAAUCCUUUGUUUCAUGGUAAUCCAUCUGAGCAAGGCCCGGCACCAGAGAGUAAUUCUACAUCAACCAACCCAUCUUCCCCGACAAACACAAGUUCUAAUGGGGAUUCAAAAGGAUCAAAAGGGCCCAACAUAGUUUCAAUUGUUGCUCCUGUCACAAGUGUUGCUGUUGUUGCUUUGCUUGUAAUUCCUUUGUCCAUCUACUAUUGUAAGAAGAGAAGAACUGGCUUCCAGGCUCCAAGUUCCCUUGUAGUUCACCCAAGAGAUCCAUCUGAUUCAGAUAAUACAGUUAAGAUUGUUGUUGCCAGUAAUACCAAUGGAAGCACUUCUACCCUGACCAGGAGUGGUUCUGCAAGCAGAAACAGCAGUGGGAUAGGCGAGUCUCAUGUCAUUGAAGCUGGAAAUCUUGUCAUAUCAGUUCAAGUUCUUCGGAAUGUGACAAAGAAUUUUGCCCCCGAAAAUGAGCUUGGUCGUGGUGGUUUUGGAGUUGUAUAUAAGGGAGAGUUGGAUGAUGGGACAAAAAUAGCAGUGAAAAGAAUGGAGGCAGGUGUGAUCAGCAACAAAGCCUUGGAUGAAUUCCAGUCUGAAAUUGCAGUUCUUUCAAAGGUCCGACACCGUCAUCUGGUAUCGCUGUUGGGUUAUUCUGUUGCAGGAAAUGAGAGAAUGCUUGUGUAUGAAUAUAUGCCUCAAGGGGCUCUAAGCAGGCAUCUUUUUCAUUGGAAAACCUUUAAACUAGAACCUCUCUCUUGGACGAGGAGGCUAAACAUUGCCUUGGACGUCGCUAGGGGGCUCGAGUAUCUUCAUAAUUUGGCACAGCAAAGCUUCAUACACAGAGACCUCAAGUCAUCAAACAUCUUACUUGGUGAUGAUUUUAAAGCAAAAAUAUCUGAUUUUGGAUUGGUGAAACUGGCUCCGAAUGGUGAAAGAUCUGUUGUGACCAAGCUUGCUGGAACUUUUGGUUACUUAGCACCAGAGUAUGCUGUGACGGGAAAAAUUACAACCAAAGUAGAUGUGUUCAGUUUCGGGGUUGUGUUAAUGGAGCUGUUAACUGGAAUGAUGGCGCUGGAUGAUGAUAGGCCUGAAGAAAAGCAGUACUUGGCUGCAUGGUUCUGGCACAUCAAAUCAAAUAAGGAGAAACUGUUGGCAGCCAUUGACCCAACCCUUGACAUAAAAGACAUGAAAGAAGAAACAUUUGAGAGCAUCGCCACAAUUGCGGAACUAGCUGGUCACUGCACUGCAAGAGAACCCAGCCAAAGACCAGAUAUGGGGCAUGCUGUGAAUGUAUUGUCCCCGCUUGUUGAAAAAUGGAAACCAUUUAAUGAUGAGGAUGAUGAAUAUUCUGGCAUAGACUACAGCCUCCCGCUUAACCAGAUGGUGAAAGGUUGGCAGGAAGCAGAAGGAAAGGACUCUGGUUACAUAGACCUAGAAGAUAGCAAGGGCAGUAUACCAGCACGGCCAACUGGGUUUGCGGACUCUUUUACUUCAGCUGAUGGUCGGUAAAGGAGGUACCCUGUUGCUUUCCUUCUCAGAGGUUGAUUUCCUACUUUUGGUAGGUGUAGAUAGCAUGUGUGUUCUUUCUGUCUGGGAAUUAAAUGUCCAUAUGUUUUCUGGUGUUAGUGUGUGGUGGUUGACUUGCAGAUUUCAGUAGAGAUCUCAAGUUUAAGCCAUGAAAUUUAUGCUUUAUGUUCUACUAGUGAUGUAGAUAGAGAGGAAUUAUGAAUGAGAACUUGUUCCCACUUAUUUCUUAAUUUGUGCGUU